AUGUAUUAUAAAUUUGAAAUUCCUGUGGAUGAUACAGGUUGUAAUGGUGAUGAAACCAAUACUUUACUUAUACCAACAGAUUUACCAGAGGAACUAAAUAAUGUUUUAACUUUCGAAGAAUAUUUGUCUAUUGUAAAAAAAUGUAAUAGUGCUUUUCAUAAAAAAUUUUAUGCUUUUUUAAUUUUUCUUGUAAUAAUAAUUGCAAUAGUUGUGGCAUUACCUAAAGCCAUGAAAAAAGAAUUUGAUUUUGGAAUUUUUGCAUUUAUUGUUUUUGGUAGUGUUAUUUUUUCAGUUUUUUGUGUAGUGAUUGUUUACUUUAUUAUACUUUAUAAACAAAUAAAAUAUACAAUUAAAAAAUUAAAUUUACAAUAUUCCCACAGGAAUUUUAACAUUUCAUAUGACAAAUACCCAAGCCAAAGUUUAUUUAGGGUUAAUAUAAAUUAUAGUAUAGUCCAAAAUACAACUCCACAGCAUACACAAGGGGAACCACAAUCAUCAAGUAUUGGAAUUGAAUUACACUCUUUUUCCAAUUUAUAUCCACCAGAGACUAGUAUAGAUCUUCAAACUUCCCCAGAAGUAAUGGAAACACCAAGCUACAAUAUAGACUAUAAUACAACAUACGAAGAUGCAUGUGAUAACAUUCCAUAUGAAAUGUUUGAUGAUGAUAAAAAAAAAUAA